UUAAUCAGAGAUGUUCAAAAUUAUUACAAUUAUAGUCCUGUUACAUAAUUAUGGAACUAGAGCAGUAUUGAAUCCAAAUGGCCCAACAGUUAUUAAUGACUUCAAAAACUGUAUAGUCAGUAUAAUGGAAAUGUACUUUACAAAACCGAGUCUUGUAAUUUUUGCAAAUACAAAUAAUGUGAGUACUUCAGUUGCUUCAAUUCGGAAAGAAUUAUUAGAAUAUAUUCAUAGAGACCUUAGAUAUACAGUUCAAAUUGCUAGUCCAGUUAAUGAAGUUUUGAUUUGUGAUCAAGAAGUAAUAAACGAACAUUUUCACCUGGAUCAUUAUGAAGCAAUUCCUGUGGCUGAUUACUACAUUAUUAUUAUAGAUAGCUACGAAGAUUUCAAUCAUCUAGCGAGUAAGUUGAUUCGUUCAAGGACUUGGAACCCAAAAGCGAAAUUUGUAAUGUUGCUAUUUAAUUUUUCUGAUAGAAAAAAUAAUGUUAACCACGUGGAAAGUAUAUUGACAUGCUUAUUUAAAUUUAAUGCAAUUAACAUUAUUGUAAUAGUGCCUGAAGAAAAAAAUAUACGAAACUCAAUAAUUCUAAGUUGGCGACCAUACGAUCCACCAAAAUACUGUGGAUAUUUUAAUGAAACUGCUGUAAAUAGAUCAAUCAUACAAAAUAUUUGUGAAAAGGGAGUCAUUAAGUAUAAUAAUUAUGUCUUUGAGGAAAAAGUUCCACAUAACAUGUUAGGAUGUCAGAUACAUGUACUUGCUUUGCAACGACAACCAUUUAUUAGUGCAAAAAAAGGUGACCCUAAUAUAGAAAAAAUAUUGAUAAAUCAAGUAUUUGGACAAAUAAAAAUAAAAACAGAAUUUGAAAUUAUUGACUAUAAUAGAGGAGAAAGAAAUCAUAAUGGUCAAUGGGAUGGUGCUUUGAAAUUUCUUACAGCGAAAAAGGCCCAAAUACUUUUGGGGGGAAUAUUUCCAGACUAUGAUGUCCACGAAGAUUUUGAAUAUAGUACAUAUUACUUAGCAGACACCUAUACAUGGGUUGUUCCUCGAGCAUACUUGUCACCAAAUUCAGUAGCCCUUAUAAUCAUUUUUCAAAAAAUUGUUUGGUGUUGUUUUAUAAUUGUCUUUAUUACUUGUGUUUUUAUUUGGAUGAUAUUGGGCUAUUUAAGUGACGAUUCUAGAUACAACAAGCUUUUUCCACAUUGUUUUCUUAAUACAUGGCUUUGCUCAUUAGGCCAAACAUCAUACAAGCGUCCUACUAAACAAGCUUUACGCAUAUUUUACGUUUCUUUCAAUAUUUAUUGUGUGUUGACAGUGACCGCUUAUAAUACUAAACUUAUAGAUGUUUUGAGAAACCCAACAUCAGAAUACCAGAUUCAAACAGUCGAAGAACUCGCUGCCAGUGAUUUGAAAUUUGGUGGUUUCGAAGAAUUGAGAGAUUUGUAUGUUAAUUCAAGUGACCCUUUCGAUAAUUAUAUUGGUGAAAAAUGGAUAAAUAUCAUUAAUAUAACCCAAGCAUUGAUCGAUGUAGUUGUCCAUAGAAAUUUUUCAUUUCUGUGCAGUCGUCUUCAAUUGGCUCACGUGUCCUCUGUAAUGCCCGAACUUAGUGACAGUUUUGGAAACAAUAACUACUACACAUUCGAUUUAGAUAUGUUUUCUGUUCCACUUGAAAUGUUAGCUUUAAAAGGCUUCGCUUUGAUUGAUAAAUUCUCAAAUACUAUAAGUGCGUUUAAACAAAAUGGUAUUAAUUCGAUUAUAAGACGUCAAUUUGCAACCAUUAAUAAAAGAAGACGAGCACAUUUAUUACGUUCUUUGGAUAUUAGAACAACAAAUGUAAGUCCAUUGUCGAUUGAACAUCUACAGGGUGGAUUUACAGUACUUAUUCUAGGAUUUAUUAUAGGUUCUUUACUGUUUUUAAUAGAAAUUGCAUGCGAUAAUUAUUAUAUAAAAAAUAUCAUGUUAAGAUGCAAAAAAUAUGUGAAAAUUGAUUAGGGAAUGUUAUUCACAUUAUGAAUUCACGAGAAUUUCUGGUAAUCUUUUCUUAGUAUUAAGCCACUAUUAGACAUAAAAUUAUAUUUUUUUAUUACAUUUUUUUAGACUUAAAUUAAAAUUUAAUUUAAAAUUGAAAUUCGUAUAUGAAAUUGAGUUAACAAAACGAUUAGAGGUUUGACAAAAAAGGACUAUAUUUUAGAAGGGUUUAUUAUGGUAUUAGGUUUGUUAUGAAUUAAUUACUUUUUUAACAACAAGCCCUAUAGUUUGGUAUUGACACACUAUAUUAUAGUUUUUUAUUUAGAAUGACAAACAAGUUGACAGCCCAUACGAUGGAAAAUAGUAACCGUCGCCUAUUACUAUGAGCAGCAGCAUGAAUAUCGCUGUGACAUCCCUGGCAUUCUUUAUGUUUUGACAUUCUAAAGAAUUAUCAACCAUAUUUUAAUUUCGAUAUGGUUUUUAAUAAAUAAAACUAUUAUAUGUUAACAAAACAUUUAUUACCAUGAACAAUAUAUACUAAGUCUUAAUUAAUACAGACGUAUCUUAAUAUUGUUUAUAUAUACAGUUAUAAAUACACCGUUAUAACCUUAAUUAUAAAGACUAGUAACUAUUAAUAUCUAUACCUAAUUUUCAAAUAUUCAUAAGGUACAAUUUUGACGAUUUAAUAAAGUUAUAUCAAAUUAAUUA